UAUACACACACUGAAUAACAUAAGUUUAAACAGUUUCAAAGUUUAAAUGUUGGUCCGUGUGAAUAUUAUAUAUGUGUGUGUGCGUGUUUAUUUGCGUGUCUGUACACGGCUUUUUAAGAAUAGCGUACCCAUUAUCAGUAUGUGUGUGUGUUUAUGUGAAUUGUGUGUACAGAUUUUUUUAAUGUGUUUUGCCCUAUUUCGGGGCCUAUGUGCCAAAAAUCAGUGUGUGUUUUGAGUACAUUGUAAAUGUAUGAUACAGUACUUGAUUUAACGUAGUUCACACACACACAAACACACGAAAAACGAAACUGAAGUCAACCUACCAUCAUAUUCACGACAAUCCAUUGUCUGUAGAGAACCGGCAUAAUAUGAAUAUGAAAAUGAUUAGUUAAGCAUGUUUAAAAUAGAGCAGUCGUCACUCGAUAAACCAUCAAAGUAACUUACAACCUCUUGUGACGUCACCAGGGCUAAAGCCAGAUAAAAGCUGGCAAAAAGGUGUCCUCUCAACAUGAUGAUGACUCAGCCGUGUGGACAGAAAUGAAUUAAUAGAUUCGGUGUUAGCUUUUAUGUAGGAAAGAAAUCAUCUUGAGGUGGAAAUAAAAAAAAAAACAACCCACACAAAGAUAAAAAAAAAAAAACAAAAAAAACCGCACGCUGUCAUUGACAGUUCCGACAGAGACUCCGCCCACUUCCAGCCUUAACAACCAGUCUGGACUCUCGCCUCGUCAAACGGUUCCCACUUGCAGCUGAGCGGUCCACUCAGAACCAGAAUGUCGUCUUUGGCCAUGUUGGGCCUAACUGGAACCAGACAAUUUUGCAGAACAACCCAUUUGCCUUAUCGCCUGCUUGUCUCGAGUACCGGCGUUCCCGCUUCCGCCUCCAACCACCAUCGAUGUCUCAGCACCACAGCUCCUCGUCAGAGUCCAGCAUCACCUGCAACCAAACACAAAUCGUACAGUUACAUCAUUGUGGGGGCGGGGUCAGCGGGAUGCGUCCUGGCCAACCGCCUCACAGAGGACGCCGAUGAGUCUGUUUUGCUGCUUGAGGCGGGGCCGAAAGACAUGUUGCUGGGGAGUGUACGCUUGUCAUGGAAGAUCCACAUGCCAGCGGCGUUGACCUACAAUCUUUGUCACGACAGAUACAACUGGUACUACCACACUUUGCCUCAAGCCCACAUGGGAAACCGGGUCAUGUACUGGCCGAGGGGGCGCGUCUGGGGCGGGUCGUCGUCGCUCAACGCUAUGGUGUACAUCCGUGGCCAUGCUGAGGACUACAAUCGCUGGCAGAGGGAGGGGGCACAGGGUUGGGAUUACGACCAUUGCCUGCCUUACUUCAGGAAGGCUCAAUGCCAUGAGAUGGGGGAAGACAGGUACCGCGGAGGUAGCGGUCCGCUACACGUAUCCCGAGGGAAGACCAACCAUCCUCUUCACAAGGCUUUUAUUGAAGCGGGACAACAGGCGGGGUACCCCUUCACCGAUGACAUGAACGGAUACCAACAAGAAGGCCUGGGAUGGAUGGACAUGACCAUCUUUAAAGGGAAGCGAUGGAGCACAGCCAGUGCCUACCUGAGACCCGUCCUGGGUCGAGCCAACCUGAAGACGGAGGUGCGCUGCUUAACCACAAAGAUCCUGUUUGAUGGCCGACGAGCUGUUGGUGUGGAAUAUAUUCAGAAAGGAGAGUUAAAACGGGUGUUUGCCGAUAAAGAGGUCAUCUUGAGCGGCGGCGCCAUCAACUCGCCGCAGCUUCUCAUGUUGUCUGGAGUGGGAAACGCAGAUGACCUCAAGCAACAUGGCAUCCCUGUGGUCCAACACUUACCUGGUGUUGGCAGCAACCUGCAGGAUCAUUUGGAGCUGUAUGUCCAGCAACAGUGCACUCAACCCAUCACACUCUACAAAGCCCAGAAACCUUUUCAUAUGGUCAAAAUAGGCCUGGAGUGGCUUUCCCUGUUUACCGGUUACGGCGCAACGGCUCACCUGGAGAGUGGGGGCUUCAUCCGCAGUCGGCCGGGUGUCGCCCAUCCCGACAUUCAGUUUCAUUUCCUGCCCUCGCAAGUCAUUGACCACGGACGCGUAGCCUCCAAGAUAGAAGCAUAUCAGGUUCAUGUUGGACCAAUGAGAAGCACCAGUAUUGGCUGGAUGAAGCUGAGGAGCACCAACCCAACGGACCAUCCCAUUCUGCAGCCCAACUAUCUAUCGACUGACAUUGACGUUUGGGAGUUCAGACAAUGCGUCAAACUCUCCCGAGAGAUUUUUGCCCAGAAGGCCUUCGACUCAUUUCGCGGCACCGAAGUCCAGCCCGGAUCUGGUGUCCAGUCCGACGCCGACAUCGACAGCUUUGUACGGUCCAAGGCUGAUAGCGCGUACCACCCAUCCUGCACGUGCAAAAUGGGCGCACCAUCCGACCCCAUGGCAGUAGUCGACUCGGAUACGCGUGUGCUCGGUUUGGAGCGUCUGCGUGUGGUUGACGCGUCCAUCAUGCCGAGCAUCGUCAGCGGAAACCUAAACGCUCCCACCAUCAUGAUCGCUGAGAAGGCGGCGGACGUCAUUAGAGGUCGGCCGCCGCUUGUCGAUACGCAGGUUCCUGUUUAUCAGCCGCCAACACUCAACACGCAGAGAUAAAUCCCGAACGCUGGUUUAUAUUUCAUGACUUUAAAAUCAUUCUCCUUUUGCACAGAACACGGGUCCCAGUUUUUGUCGGACCGUGUUCAAAUUUUAUGUGUUUGGAGAUCUCAACAUUUUUUAAUUUUGAUGCUUUUAAGACCUUUUUUUGCGAUUUUGCAAAAUAGUCGAGAGUCUGAACAAGAGAGCCACUUGUGCCUUUCACACAGAUAACCGUAAACUGACUUUGUUGUCUAAAAUUUAGCCUUAAUGCUGGAACUUAGACAGGUUAAACAUGCUUUUUAAAGUUGUGUGUGUCUGCUUUAAUAGGCACCUAUGAUCCUAUUGAGUUGUGGUCUCCUAUAGAGCAGCUACACACAAUAACCCGCACAGAAAAAUUUGAUUUUCCAGAAUCUGCACCUAUUCCAGCUGUAUUUCUUUUGAUUUGUGCUUCAUGCCAAAACAGUUCAAUUUAUUCCACCAACGGCCCGCCUCCGGGCAUGCCCACUAUGCCACAAAGUACUUCCUAACAAUAAACCAUAUAAGGAAGUCCUCCCUCUGUGACAUCACAAAGGGCCAAUUUUACCAUGCCUUUUGAAACCGAGUGUUUUUAACCAUCUCGAAUGUCUUUCAGUUCCCACUUCAAAAUGCGCAAAACUCAUUAUCGGAAAAGUUGGCAUGGUUUAACACGAGAAUACAACAUUCUAACUACAUUUAUAGGUCAGAAAAGUUAGCAACAUUAGCAUAGCUUUGUAAGCUACAGAAAUGACAUUCACCUUUUAACAGAAACAUCAUGCUAGGUGAGCCUAUUAGCAAAUAACAAACAAAAAGAUCAAUACCACGCAUCUGACUGACUGACUGUUUUUGGCUUUAUUUUAAGAUGUGUAGAGAAGCCUUGUUUUUUUUUUGCUAAGCUGUAGCUGAAGUAGUAGACAUACAUGUAUUAGUUCAUGAGUAUUCAUUAUUCAUGACAAUAUUUUUGCAUUAUAGAGGACCUUUAAGUAAUAUUUUUAACUACGAUACAAGUCAAGUUAAUGUCAAGGUAUCAAAAUACAAAAACAUUAGCUUUUCUUUGAUAGCAUUUUUGUUAGCAUUGAAUGUUAUCAAUUCAUCAAACAACAUCCGUUUGAUAUUUUCCCACCAUCGUGUCGUCAAAUACAGUAAAUUGAUAUUUCAGCAUGUUUCUUUGCUCGAUCUGAUGAGAUCACUUAUCAGCGAGGUCUUCCUUCCUGUUCCAAAAUAGAACACGGGUUGGGGGGGGUCCUGUUGUAGCUCCGUUAGCGCUGUCAGUCCUACAUGAUGAUUAUAUAAUUUCCUGAACUACUUUGAUUCACUCAAAUUAUUUGAAUAUGAUCAGCCUUGUGUUUUUUUCCCCCAGAUUUGAUUGCAUGACUUUUUCUUCGUUCUUUCGACUUCCAUCCUAACAAGAAACAUUUGUGUUUUGGGCAUUAAUCCCCUUUUGCAUUCUUCCGUAAUUAUUUCUAGCAAAACAGAUGCUGUGCAGAUGUGGUGCUUUUUUGUUUUUGGUUUAUUUACACUUAUUUGCUGUUUUGUCAUUUCAAGCUAAACUUAUUCUACCCAUAAGACAUAAGGUAAAGUGAAUUUAUCCAUUCCAGUGUCAAACUCUAAGCAUUGUAAAUCCUUCAGUAACUGUUUUAAGUAACAUUUCACAUAUUCUUAAUAGGGGUGCAACAAUACACAAAAUUCAUGGUUCGAUUCUGUUAAUAUAAAACGGAAAUUACCUUGCAUUUUUUUAAUUAAAACUUUAAAUUAACAGCAUUUUUCUCACCUUAAAAGUGCAGUUCUGCUGCACACAUUCUUAGUAGCAGAGUAACUAUUACAAAUAAAUGUUGUAUAGAAAUGCUACAUGCUACAUUUUGUACAGCAUUAUCAAUAUGAACGUAUUCGAUAUGAGUCACUUUGAUCAAGAUACUGUAUAUACCAUCAAAGAUUCGCCUAUUUGUGCCAUGUAGAGCAGGAAUGCUGGUGGAUCACAAACAAGAUGCUGGAUUAGCCUGCUGACGUGUUUAAUGUAACUGUGAUACACAGUCCAGUGGGCCUGAUGCAUUUAAAGGCAAUGAGAUGCGUUCAUUUGAUUGGUUAAGAUUACACUCGGCUGUGUUAAACCCUUUCACGCCUUCUCUCGUCCCUCUUUGCCACUUGUGCCGGUGGGAGGGACGAGGCGUGGGUGCGCCGGAUUGCGCUGCUCAUGAAAAUUACUAAAUGCACUGGCCAUAACCCAUUGGCACCUGCACCUGAUCUACAAAAAUAGAGUCUUUUAGCAACAUGUUCACUAUAUAUAUAUAUAUAUAUAUAUAUAUAUAUAUAAACUUCUAUUAUAGUGCUUAAUUAAAUGUAGCAAGAAUGAUAUGUUGAUAUGUUUGUUUGACUUUUGGGACAUAUUAUUACAGCAAAGAAACUCUCUACCAAUUCCGGAGUGUAUGAUUUUAGAGGUUCCAAUGUGCACAAAUGAAUAAAUAAUUAUAUAUAAUAUAUAUACAAUAUAUAUAAAUACCACAAGUGUUUUUACAUAGUAGCAUAUAAUGGUGAAGGCUGUAACGUUGAGCAUAACAACCAUUACUGUUGUUUUCAUUUUACUUUUGAGCAUGAAUUCAAG